GGCCUGUGACAGGAGCCGGCGGGUGGGAGUAUCAGUGUGUGAGGAGCCGCUCGGGCUGACAGACGGACAGACAGACUCCCGACCAAGUAACAGAUUCCCUCAUGUUCCUUGUGAGCAGAGAGCCAGCCGUGGAGUAGCCUUGUGGGGCAGAUUACAGGAUGGGCCGCAGGUGACAGCCGCUAAGGAUGCCCCUGACUGAUAAACUGCGUGAGAGGAUAUCGCAGGCCUUUUACAGCCAUGGGUUGCUCUGUGCCUCUUACCCAAUCCCGAUCAUCAUCUUCACGGCGCUGUCUAUCCUGGCGUGCUGUUACCCUCUGCUGAAACUCCCCCUGCCUGGGACGGGUCCGGUUGAAUACGUCACUCCGGUAAAAUAUUACACCCCUCCCCCUCAGGAAGCAGUACCAGGAGACCAGAGCGAACGUCCUGAUUGGUACGUCGGGCUGCCCGUGGCAUAUAUACAGCAGGUGUUGGUAAAGGCGGUGGUUUCUCCGUGGGAUAAGAAUUUUCUUGCCGUGGAUGUAUUUCGAUCUCCGCUUUCACGAGUCUUUCCAUUGGUGGAGGAGAUAAGGAACCACAUGCUAAAAGAGAGAUCGAGUGAGAAGAGCUUGGAGCAUGUGUGUCUUCAGGUGACCGACCUCUUGCCGGGUUUAAAGAAGCUCAGGGAGAAGCUGCCUGAGCAUGGCUGCCUCUUGCUGUCCCCAGGCAACUUCUGGCAGAACAGCCAAGAGCACUUCAGCAAUGACCCAGACAUCAUUAAAACUGUCCAACAACAUGAGCCUAAAACUCUGCAGACCUCUGCCACAUUGAAAGAUUUGCUAUUUGGGGUGCCAGGGAAGCAGAGUGGAGUCAGUUUGUACAACCGUAAGAGGAUUGUGUCUUAUACUGUCACCAUUGCAUUUCAAAAAUAUGACGCCAGAUUCCUGAACAGUCUGAGAGUCCGUCUAAAGCAACUUCACCCCAACACCAACUGCACCCUGAAAGGAGAGAACAUCGUCCAUGUUCAUUUUAAGGAAGAGAUUGGGAUUGCUGAGCUCAUACCACUGGUCACCACGUACUUCAUCCUGUUUGCCUAUAUCUACUUCUCUACCAGAAAGAUCGACCUUGUGAAAUCUAAGUGGGGUCUGGCACUGGCUGCCGUGGUGACAGUUCUAAGCUCCUUGCUGAUGUCUGUUGGCCUGUGCACCCUCUUUGGACUGACACCAACUCUCAAUGGCGGAGAGAUCUUCCCAUACCUCGUAGUGGUCAUUGGUCUUGAAAAUGUGUUGGUUUUGACCAAAUCUGUGGUAUCGACUCCUGUGGAUCUUGAGGUCAAACUCCGCAUCGCUCAGGGGCUAAGCAACGAGAGCUGGUCUAUAAUGAAGAACAUGGCCACUGAGCUUGGAAUCAUUCUCAUUGGAUAUUUCACCCUGGUGCCAGCCAUCCAGGAGUUCUGUCUGUUUGCCGUUGUUGGGCUGGUGUCGGACUUCUUUCUGCAGAUGCUGUUCUUCACUACGGUUCUUUCUAUUGACAUUCGGAGGAUGGAGCUGGCUGACUUGAACAAGCGGAUGCCAGCUGAGGCAUGCAUGCCCUCUGGGAAAGUGGUGUCACGAACUCAGAGCUACGAGCGCCAGCAAGCACUGCGACGUACGACACCACACACCAUCACUUUGCAACCUUCAUCCUUCCGGAAUCUGCGGCUGCCCAAGCGACUACGCCUCAUCUACUUCUUCGCCAGAACCCGUCUAGCCCAGAGAAUUAUCAUGGCAGGAACGGUAGUCUGGAUUGGCAUCCUUUUGUACACUGACCCUGCCGGGUUACGCACUUACUUGACGGUUCAGGUCACCGAGCAGAGCCCACUCAGCGGAGAGGUCAUUCCUCCUCUCCCAGUGCCAGUCCUUCCUGCUUCCGACCCCCAGAAUCCCCUCUCAGUCUUCCCCACCAGCUCCUCCCAGCUGCUGGAGAACCAGUCACAACAGAGGGACCGCAAGGAGAUGCUGGAGGUGCUAAUGGACCAUCUGGAAGGGAGCCCUGCUGAGUGGGUAGAGAGCUCAUCCAGGGAUCAGAGGGAAGUGAGAGCAGAGAUUAAGGAAGACAGAGGACACACCGAGGUCACCUGGGGACCAGAAGAUGAGGAGACCUGGAGAAAACUGUCAUUCAGACACUGGCCCACACUCUUCAGUUACUAUAACAUCACCCUGGCCAAAAAGUACAUCAGCAUACUGCCUAUUAUCCCUAUCACCCUGUACCUGACACCACAGGAGGCAUCAGACGCACGGCACCCCAACGAUGCCCAGCACUCAGAACUUUUCCUUCAUCCACGAGAAGGACGUACAGAGGACAAAGCAGCUGGUCCAUCAUCUAAACCUCCAGGACCUGUGGAUAUCACAUUGUACAAAGUUGCCGCGUUGGGCCUGGCCUCAGGGAUAUUUCUUGUCCUGCUUUUCUUCUGUCUCUACCGACUGCUUUGCCCUAAAAACUAUGGACAGAAUGGACUGUCCCACAGCCGCAGGAGGAAAGGGGAUCUUCCGUGUGAUGAUUACGGUUACUCACCUCCUGAGACUGAAAUAGUACCCCUGGUUCUUAGAGGUCACCUUAUGGAUAUUGAGUGUUUGGCCAGUGAUGGGAUGCUGUUAGUGAGCUGCUGUUUGGCCGGUCAGAUCCGUGUGUGGGAUGCACAGACCGGAGAUUGUUUGACGGUUAUUCCCAAGCAGAGUCUUCGCAGGGAGAGCAGUGGGAUCUUCGAGUAUCAGGACUGCUGGGAGUCACCAUCAGAUUGCAAAUACAACCCUGAGGACUCGGUGGAAAACGGUUCCUUCCUAAAGAGGAGAUUGACUCCCUCCCAGCCUCCUCUCUUCUACGACCAGCCAGACUUAACCAGCUUAAUAGACACCAAUUUCUCAGAGCAGAUUAAACCAGAAGAGUCCGAGACACGACAAAGACUGGUUCCUGUCAGACACGAGACAGAUGCAAAUGGCUAUGAUUUUAGCAGUCUGGUACAAAGAGUCUACGAGGAGCAUGGCGUUUCUCACCUGUGCAGUUUUCCACCAGUAUUUUCUCCCCCUCCAUAUGGACAGUGUCCACUCUCUAAAGGGGGAGAGAAACGAUCACCCUCUAUAUGCAUGGAUCCAGGAUCCUCCAGGAGGAAAAGCUCUGUAGAGGAUUCUGUCUAUUGUAACGGAACAAUCUCGCCCAUUCCAGGCUGGGCAGAGGAUUUGGAAAGUUCUGUGUGGAGUCUGGGUUUGCAGGGCAACCUGAUAGUAGCUGGCAGGAGUAACGGUAACCUGGAGGUUUGGGAUGCCAUAGCUGGCAAUCUUCGCUGUAGUAAUUGUGAAGGGCAGAGUGGGAUUACAGCACUUGUUUUCCAGAAUCGCAGGAUAGUGGCAGCACGACUCAAUGGCUCUCUGGAUUUCUUCUGUCUGGAUUCCCAUAAAUCCACCAGUCAGCUACAGUUCAGAGGAACCUCGAACAGAAACAGUGUCCCAAAUUCUCCUUUAUAUAGCAGCGAUGACAUUAUCAAGUGUCAGUUGACCCACACAGUGUCAUGUGCCCAUCAGAAACCAAUCACAGCGUUAAAGGCGGCAGCUGGGCGUCUGGUAACAGGGAGCCAGGAUUACACUCUGAGAGUCUAUCGCUUGGAAGAUGGGUGCUGUCUGUUCACACUGCAAGGUCACUCUGGGGGCAUCACUGCUAUUUAUAUUGAUGAGACCAUGGUUCUGGCCAGUGGGGGUCAGGAUGGAGCCAUCUGCCUUUGGGAUGUUUUGACCGGUAGCAGAGUGAGCCACAUGUAUGGCCACAGAGGGGACGUCACCUCCUUGAUUUGCACAGCAUCCUAUGUAAUCAGCAGCGGCCUGGAUGAUGUCAUAAGCAUAUGGGACCGCUGCACGGGCAUCAAGCUAUACUCAAUCCAGCAGGACCUGGGCUGUGGCUCCAGUCUGGGCUUGAUAUCAGACAACCUCCUGGUAACUGGAGGACAGGGCUGUGUUUCGUUCUGGGACAUCGGCUAUGGCGAUCUCCUGCAGACUGUUUACCUGGGAAAGUGCGAGGAAGCCCAGCCGGCCCGACAGAUUUUAGUCCUGGACAAUGCAGCCAUUGUGUGUGACUUUGGCAGUGAACUCAGCCUGGUCUAUGUCCCAUCAGUGCUGGAGAAGCUAGACUGAAAUGGUGGCAUCAGCAAGACCCAACGUUUAGGCCUCGGCUGUGCUGAACUGAGGUGGCACUUUAGCCAGACCCAGGGUCUAUCCUGUUACCAUGCUUGAAGAUUUGGAAGGUGGGCCUCUUGCAAGACCCUGGGGUCAAGCUUAAUUCUAAUCAAUCCCAGCAGUGCUGGAAAGGCCAGCCUUUAAGGUGUUAGUAUGUCACUGAAAGGCCAGCAACAACCUUUUUAAAUGUACACUUAAACUAUUAAAUAUACUUCCAAUGGAAUUAUACAAUACGCAGCUCCCGGUUUUCUUGGUACAGACCAAGCCUGUCUCUUCUAAGUCUGAUUUGCAGUUUGAUGUUUCUAUCAUUUCUUUUUUGUUUUAAUAAUAAUGUUGUAAAAAUUUGACAGGUUUGUACUGUCCCAGAAAAAGCAGAAGCCUGGAAGAUUCGUAAUGAAUCAAUAGCCUCCACACAGGUCCUGGAAGGCUAGAGAUAGAUGGGGUUCAGCAGGACGUUACCUCUCUUACUUUGUAAGAAACUGCUAUCUCUAGGGAAAAUAGAGAAGAAAAAUGUCACUUUUUCUUUGUUUUAAUUAUUAUUUUUUAAUAAUAAGCAGUAAAUUAUUUUCAUAUGGAUUUGAAAAGACAAAUCCUUACUGUGCAAUCUAAUGAUACUGAGUAUCUCCAUGCACUUCAUUCAACACCUGUCCUUCAAAGCAAUGUCUCUUCACAUUAAGACUGCUUUUCAUUGCGAUACCAUUUUUUGUUUUUGUUGUUGGUUUUAUUUUAUUUAAUUUAUGUUUUGGGGCAUAUUUUUUAUUUUUUUCUGGCCUUUACACCCAAAAUGGAAAAUACAGCCGAGAUUGUCGAUGCCAGUAAGAGUAAGAUCUUCAUCCUCUGCUUUCCAUCUGCCCUGUCCUCCCUGUGAUACGUACCGUAUAUUCCAUAUAAUGAACAGCUGCUAGAGCCUGGAGGUUCGGAAUACGGUAAUGCCUUUCUGUCGUUGUUUAGAACAUGGCCACACAUAUCCUGAAUUUACAUGUGGCCAUCUAUUGUGCUUUUCUUCACCAAAGAGGUGACAUGACAUGUUUGGGGGCAUGAGUUCUCUUUAGAAUGGGUGCUGGUAAUUAAAUAGCAAACGUGAACACAUGUGGGUAUCGAACCUCUAAUCUUAGAGGGAAAACUGCAAAAAGAUUAAAAGAUGAGGCUCCUAAAUGCAUUUUGUAUCAAUGGCAGUAGAUAUCUGAGUGUCUGCCCCAAGCAGAGGGAACAGCUGGCGUAGCACAUUGUCCUGACGGUAGGUCACUGGGCAUUGAUCUGCAGUGGUUGACUCUGCAUCAGUGCCUGGUGAAAUAUUACACACCCCUCUGACCCCAAAAAAGAUUGAAUGUAAACGGUGUAACUUUUUA